AUGAGACAUCUCAAUCCACAGUGCCAGCGAGCGGGUGAGGAGGAGAAGAGUCGCAAGGACCAUGAGGAGAAGAGUCACAAGGGCCACGAGGAGAAGAGUCACAAGGGCCACGAGGAGAAGAGUCACAAGGGCCACGAGGAGAAGAGUCACCAGGGCCACGAGGAGAAGAGUCACAAGGGCCACGAGGAGAAGAGUCACAAGGGCCACGAGGAGAAGAGUCACAAGGGCCACGAGGAGAAGAGUCACAAGGGCCACGAGGAGAAAAGUCGCAAGGGCCACGAGGAGAAGAGUCGCAAGGGCCACGAGGAGAAGAGUCGCAAGGGCCAUGAAGAGAAGAGUCGCAAGGGCCACGAGGAGAAGAGUCGCAAGGGCCACGAGGAGAAGAGUCACAAGGGCCACGAGGAGAAGAGUCACAAGGGCCACGAGGAGAAGAGUCACAAGGGCCACGAGGAGAAGAGUCACAAGGGCCACGAGGAGAAGAGUCACAAGGGCCACGAGGAGAAGAGUCACAAGGGCCACGAGGAGAAGAGUCACAAGGGCCACGAGGAGAAGAGUCACAAGGGCCACGAGGAGAAGCCAGAACAGCAGAGGGAGGAGCAGAGGGAGGAGCAGAGGGAGGAGCAGAGACACAAGGCGAUAAAUGCAGCACUCGGCUCCCACCAGCACUAUCUCAAUUUCCCUCCUCAACGUGCAACAGCACUGCACCCAGUUUCACCACACAGCACCGCCUCUCAACUCACUUCAUCCACUCUCACCACGCAGCAGUGA